GGUACAUUUUGCUUCUCCUCCUUGGCCUUACUCGGUGUGCUCUGCGAUGAGUAGAACGGAUUGAUAUUCUGUGCCAUUCCUAAUCGAAGCUGCUCCAAAAUCUUCCGAGAAUUCUCCUCUAAGAUUUGUUGGGAUGGCAGCAGCUCAAGGUACACCGGAGUCUGAUGCUGGGAGCUUUGAGUGUUUCCAGAAUUACACUGCACCGGAAGUCUUUGUACAAGGCCUCGCUGGCAUUGUUGAUCAACAAGAUGUCGAGUCCAUGAUCAGAGCACAAAAACAAAUGUUACAGAGAUUCGAGAAGACUAAUGAGAUGCUCACAAAUUGCAAUCAAUUGUCAGUUAAUAGACUGAAGACUGCUGGUGCUGAGUUCAAGAAGCAUACUGUUUUACUGGCAGAUAUGAAGAGGGAUUUGGACUACAUUUUUAAAAGGAUUCGUAUAGUUAAAAACAAGCUCAAUCAACAGUAUCCUCAAGCCUUUAAUGAGGCUGUAAGGAGUAGUUUGGCCGAGGAGGUAAUUGUGGAAGAUAUGGACCAAGGACCAAAACCACUAGAGCCAGAGGUUGUGCCAUUAUCAUCAACCCCAUCUGGUGUUACUGAUGGCGAUCCAGAUUCAGAUGUGCCAGUCGAGGAGUUUCAAUUUGCUAAGCUGCGCAAACGGCGAAUAAAGAGCAACAACAGUUCAUCAACGGAGAGCAACAAUGAACAUAGUAAUGCCGAGUCGUCCUCCUGCACAUCGGACACCGGUUAAGUACCGACCGAGUUUGAAUAUUAACAACUGAUAGAGAGAGAGAGAGAGCAAAAAAGGAAAUAACAAAGCUUAUUAAAAAUGUGAAAGAAUACAAGAUAUUCAAAACGAAAGACAAACAUAUAUAAAAAACAAGAAUCGAUUUCUCAAGAAAAAUUCAACUGAAUCGAUAUCUUUUACUUUUGUCUCACGGGGACGCAGCUAGUACGCUCUUCGAAGAUCUAUGUUUGCUACAUUAGCCGACAAUAAUAGCGAGCAUGAACGUUUUAUUACAAAAAAAAAAUGAAUAAAAUACGAUAAUGGUGUCACGUAAUUGGUUGAUCAUAAAACGAUGUGCGUCCGUGCGUACUCAAGUGCCAUUCCAGUUGAAUCUUCUGUAUUAAACCGUGAGUCUGCGAACUCAUGUGAAUAUUAAAUGACGCAAAUAAAGUCUUUAUACUCGG